AUGGUUCAAUCAACAUUACUGUCUGAAAAUAUGAGUGACCGUAAACUGUUCAAAAUACCGGCAUCUUCGGCAUCUUCGGGCUCUGCAGCUACUCUACAUUACAAAGACACUCCGAAAGGUACAAGCACCGCUGCCUCCGUGAGCACGUGGGACGCCGCGGUGACAGAGACAAACAACAUCAGCCUGCUGUUACAAACAGAGUGUACAACCGAUGAGGUGCUGCUGAACACCAGCUACGUUUACUACAACGGCUCUUUUAGGAUCCUAAAUUUCAACUAUACAAAUCAAUAUCUUCAUAGCAGCAGCCUUGAAUUCCAGGCAUUGGCUGUUCAGAUUGAAGAGUUUAUUAAUGCAGCCUAUAUAAAUUCAGAGCUCAAAAGCCUGUACAUCAGAUCGCAAGUUGUUAGCCUAAGCCCUGGAAGUGUAAUACCUGGAUUUGUCCUGUUAUUCCAUAUUAAUAUAAAUGGGAAGCAAAAUAUUUCAGCUCAGACUGUACUCGCUAAAAACAUAGAAAAUACCUCGGUGGCACAUUUCAACAUUGACAACAGUUCACUUCAAAUGACAGUUUCAAGCAGUGUUGCACCAAGUGCAACUACUCAGAUCCCUGUCCAGACCUUUCCAGCUACAGACAAUACCAGCAUUACUUUGGCCAAUGCAGGAAAUACAACAGUAGUCGGCACCACAACAAGCACUAGCACCACUGUUAAGGUCACUAAAGGAAAUGGCACAGCUUGUGGAGUCGGAGGUCCGUCAGCAUUAGACAGAAUAGUCGGAGGAACAGCAGCCACGUUGGGUUCAUGGCCUUGGCAGGCCAGUCUACACUUUCAAGGGAGUCAUAAAUGUGGAGCGUCACUCAUUAGCAGUUCCUGGCUUGUGACUGCUGCUCACUGCUUUAGUUCGAGCAGAGAUGUGAAUUCUUGGACGGUCGUCUUAGGAACCAUUUCUUUAAGUACUGGAUCUGGGUUAAAGCUCCAAAAUAUCAUUAUCCAUGAGAAUUACACCAGUGGGGAAUACCAAAAUGACAUUACGCUUCUCCAGCUAUCAAGUCCAGUAAAGUUCACUCCAUACAUACAACCAGUAUGUCUACCGGAUGCACUGGACAUCUUUCCGGACAACUCUUCAUGUUAUGUAACUGGAUGGGGAACCCUCACAGAUGGAGGGAGUUUAGCAUCUGUUCUACAACAAGCUGAAUUGAAAAUCAUUAAUUCAAAGUUAUGCAGCAAUUACCAGAUGUAUGGAUAUCUUAUAAAGCCAUCAAUGAUAUGUGCCGGCUAUAUAGAAGGAAAAAUUGAUUCAUGUCAGGGGGACUCUGGAGGACCUUUGGUUGCCCUACAGUCUAAUAACAGGUGGUCACUCAUAGGAAUCGUCAGUUUUGGCUAUGGAUGUGCUCUACCCAUGAAGCCCGGUGUGUACACAGAGGUCACGUAUUUUCGCAGCUGGAUUACACAGAAGUCUGGUGUAUAA